AUAACAUGUCGGCAAUCAGAGAGAAGUCUCAAGAAGGCUAUGUCUGCUGCAACUGCAACUGAUAUUUUGACUAUAGUUGAUCUUUGUGUAUUCAUGCUGAUUCAUGUGUAAAAAAUAUGACUGAACGUUCCUGUGGUAUCGUUAUAAAUGGCCAUCAUACUGAUAUUGUUUUAAGACCUUACAGCAAUCGGACACUGUUGAUUGUAACGCAUUUUAAAAAAUUUGGAACAUUAUUGAUGAUAAAUCGUGAAUCCUCUGUAAACGGUUAUACAAGCGAUGUAUUUACAAUAAAGACACUCUUUGGUAGUGACAACAAUGAUAUUCAUGUAGCUGCCAGAUAUAUAGCGCAAGAAAUUAACAUUGAAAAACCUUUAUUGCUAUCAAUAGCCUUAAAGGAUUACAACGUAAAGACUCUAAAAUCUGUUGUUGCUGCUGUGAAUCAAAUAAAAUCGUGGUAAUAUAAUAUCAACUCAAUCAUUAUGACCUUAAUUUAUGGACAACUCGUUAUUGGACCUCCUGGAAGUGGGAAAACGACAUAUUGUAAUGCAAUGUCAAAAUUUCUAGAGUCUAUUGGAAGAAAAGUAGCUGUUAUUAACAUUGAUCCAGCAAAUGAAAACAUGGAAUAUGUUCCAGCAAUAGACAUAUCUGAAUUGAUUAAACACGAAGAUGUUAUGACAGACUUUGGGCUUGGACCAAAUGGUGCUUUAGUUCAUUGUAUGGAAUUUCUAGAAACCAAUGUGCAGUGGCUCAUUACAAGAGUUUUGAAUUUAAGGGAUCACUAUCUUAUUUUUGAUUGUCCGGGUCAAGUCGAAUUGUAUACGCAUCACAAAUCAGUGAGUCGGAUAGCAGAAAAAUUGAGCCAGAAUUUAGUGAGAUUAUGCAGUGUGCAUCUUGUAGAUUCACAUCAUUGUAGUGAUCCUGGAAAAUAUUUAUCCUCUCUGAUUCUUUGUACCACAGUGAUGUUGCAAAUAGGUUUGCCUCAUGUAAAUAUUAUGACAAAAUUUGAUGAAAUGAAAAAGUUUAAAGAUCGUCUAGCAUUUAAUAUAGAUUUUUACACAGAAGUACUGGAUUUAAAUUAUCUUUUAGAACAACUGGAUGAAGAUCUCUUUAUUGCAAAGUACAAGAAACUUAACAAAGCAUUAGUAUCGAUAAUUGAAGGCUAUAGUCUUGUCAGUUUUAUACCUUUAGACGUUUCUAAUAAAGCAUUAUUGCUGCAAGUGAAAAACGCGGUGGAUAAAGCCAGCGGAUAUGUUUUCGGUGGAAAUGAACCACGAGACAUUCAAACAUUACUCGCGUGUGCGGUAGGAGCUGUUAAUGAAAAUGAAAAAAUGUCAACACUAGAUGGAUAUUUAUGAACAUUUCAGCAUUCUAGUAUACAUCAAUAUUACAUUUGUUUUUAUAUAACUAUUAUAUAACAAAAUUUAAUAAACAAAAUGAGAAAGCUCAGAGAUUGCCCAGCAUUCAAUAUAUAUUUUUAUACAUUUUAAAGAUACUAGAUUUC